GCGGCUGCGCUCGCUGGACAAGGGCCGGGGCCCACCGCUCACCGACACACACCCAGACUGACCGACAGACACACCGACGGACGGACAGACGACAGACACACCGACAGACCGAGCCCGGGGGGGGCCCGGGGGUCGCGCCCAUCCACCCUGGCAGGGGCCGCGUCUGUGCCGAGUCUCCGACGCAACCCAAAGUGGCCGUUCCCGCCUGGCACCCCGGCACCCGCAGGCAGAUAAAUGCAGUGUCCCCUGGCCCAGGGCGCGGGCAAGAGUGACCCCUCAGCAUGUCCUGGUUCCGCGGCCUCCUGGUGCCCAAGGUGGACGAGCGGAAGACGGCUUGGGGCGAGCGCAACGGGCAGAAGAGCAAGCGGCGGGGCACGGGCGGGCUGUGCGGCCCCCGCUACAUGAGCUGCCUCCAGGAGCCCGCGCCGGAGGCCCCCCGGCCCGGCGACACCUCGGCCCGGAAGGGGGCUGGGGCGGGCACCGUGGGACCACCGGGCGGGACGGGGCCCUCCGGCGGGCCGGGGCACGAACUGGGCCUCAAGGCGGUGGCCCUGGGCUUCGAGGAGGGCGAAGGGACCGGUGAGGGGGCCGGCGGCGGGGCGGCGGCGGCGGGGCCGGGGGGCGGCGGGGGCGCGGGCGGCUGGCGAUGGCUGGCCCGGGUCUUCCAGUCGAAGCAGUUCGAGUCGGCCAAGCUGGAACGGCUCUACCAGCGCUACUUCUUCCAGAUGAACCAGAGCUCCCUGACCCUGCUCAUGGGCGUCCUGGUGUUGGCCAUGGGCGUCCUGCUGGCCUUCCACGCCGCCCCCGCCGCCCCCGACCCGCCCUACGUGGCCGCCCUGGCCGUAGCGGCGGCCCUGUUCCUGGCGCUCAUGGCCGUGUGCACGCGGCGCGGCUUCCGGCCCGGUUGCAUGGGCCUGGUGAGCUACGCGGUGCUGGCGCUGCUGGGCACCGUCCAGGGGCUGGGGCUGAUGGCGCUGGCCCCGCGUGGGGCCUCCGAGGGGCUCUGGGCCACCGUCUUCUUCGUCUACGUGGCCUACACGCUGCUCCCGGUCCGCAUGCGGGCCGCCGUCCUCAGCGGCCUGGGCCUCUCCGCCUUGCACCUCCUCCUCGCCUGGGGCCUCAACCGCGAGGACGCCUUCCUCUGGAAGCAGCUCAGCGCCAACCUCCUCCUCUUCCUCUGCACCAACGUCAUCGGCAUCUGCACCCAUUACCCGGCCGAGGUCUCGCAGCGCCAGGCCUUCCAGGAGACCCGGGGGUACAUCCAGGCCCGACUCCACCUCCAGCAUGAGAACCGGCAGCAGGAGCGCCUGCUGCUCUCUGUGCUGCCCCAGCAUGUGGCUCUGGAGAUGAAGGAGGACAUCAGCGCCAAGCAGGAGGACAUGAUGUUUCACAAAAUCUACAUCCAGAAGCACGACAACGUCAGCAUCCUGUUUGCGGACAUCGAGGGGUUCACCAGCCUGGCCUCCCAGUGCACUGCCCAGGAGCUCGUCAUGACCCUCAACGAGCUGUUCGCCCGGUUCGACAAGCUGGCCGCCGAGAACCACUGUCUGCGGAUCAAGAUCCUGGGAGACUGCUACUACUGCGUGUCCGGCCUGCCCGAGCCGCGGGCUGACCAUGCCCACUGCUGUGUGGAGAUGGGCGUUGACAUGAUCGAGGCCAUCUCGCUGGUGCGGGAAGUGACCGGCGUGAACGUGAACAUGCGUGUGGGCAUCCACAGCGGCCGCGUGCACUGCGGCGUGCUCGGCCUGCGCAAGUGGCAGUUUGACGUCUGGUCCAACGAUGUCACGCUGGCCAACCACAUGGAGGCGGGAGGCCGCGCCGGCCGGAUCCACAUCACGCAGGCCACGCUGCAGUACCUGAACGGCGACUACGAGGUGGAGCCGGGCCGGGGCGGCGAACGCAACGCCUACUUGAAGGAGCACAGCAUCGAGACCUUCCUCAUCCUCGGCGCCAGCCAGAAACGGAAGGAGGAAAAGGCCAUGCUAGCCAAGCUGCAGCGGGCACGUGCCAACUCGACGGAUGGGCUGGUGCCGCGUUGGGUGCCCGAGCGCUCCUUUCCUCGCACUAAGGACUCCAAAGCCUUCCGCCAGAUGGGCAUCGAUGACUCCAGCAAAGACAACCGCAGCGCCCAGGAGGCCCUGAACCCCGAGGACGAAGUGGACGAGUUCCUGGGCCGCGCCAUCGACGCCCGCAGCAUUGACCAGCUGCGCAAGGACCACGUGCGGCGCUUCCUGCUCACCUUCCAGACCGACGAUCUCGAGAAGAAGUACUCGCGAAAGGUGGACUCACGCUUUGGGGGCUCCGUGGCCUGUACCCUACUCGUCUUCUGCUUCAUCUGCCUCAUCCAGCUCCUCGUUGUUCCACACUCUGCCCUGAUGCUCGGUCUCUUUGGAGGCAUCUUCCUCCUGCUGACUGGCAUCCUGUUGGUCUGUGCCGCCUACUCCUGCCUCUCUCUGUUCCCGCUCGCCCUGCAGCGCCUUUCCCGCAACAUCGUCCGCUCCCGGGCCCGCAGCACAGCCGUUGGCGUAUUCUCCAUCCUGCUCGUCUUCGUCUCCGCCUUCGCCACCAUGUUCUCCUGCGACCACACUCCCGUGCGGAGCUGCGCAGCCAAGACGUUGAACCUGACGCCCGCCGCCAUCACCGCCUGCCACCUGCGGAGGCUCAACUUCUCCCUCGGCGCUGAGGUCCCGCCCUGCCCGAGCACGGCUCCCGCCUGCAGCUUCCCUGAGUACUUCACAGAGAGCCUCCUGCUGAGCCUGCUGGCCUGCUCACUUUUCCUGCACAUCAGCAGCCUGGGCAAGCUGGCCCUCGUGCUGGCCAUGGGGCUGCUCUACCUCGCCCUGCUGCUGCUCGGACCCCCGGCCGUGAUCUUCGACAACUACGACCUGUUGCUGCUCGCCCAUGCUCUGCCGGCCUACAACGAGACUCAGGAUGGGUCAGAGUGUUUGGUGGGUGACAAGCUGGCGCUGAAGUACAUGACGCCUGUGAUCCUGCUGGUGUUCGCCCUGGCGCUCUACCUGCACGCCCAGCAGGUAGAGUCCACGGCCCGCUUGGACUUCCUCUGGAAACUGCAGGCCACGAACGAGAAGGAGGAGAUGGAGGAGCUGCAGGCGUACAACCGGCGACUGCUGCACAACAUCCUGCCCAAGGACGUGGCUGCUCACUUCCUGGCCCGCGAGCGACGCAACGACGAGCUGUACUACCAGUCCUGCGAGUGCGUGGCCGUCAUGUUCGCCUCCAUCGCCAACUUCUCCGAGUUCUACGUCGAGCUGGAGGCCAACAACGAGGGCGUCGAGUGCCUGCGCCUGCUCAACGAGAUCAUCGCCGACUUUGACGAGAUCAUCAGCGAGGAGCCCUUCCGGCAGCUGGAGAAGAUCAAGACGAUCGGCAGCACGUACCUGGCGGCCUCGGGGCUGAACGCGGCCACGUAUGACCGGGCCGGCCGCUCCCACGUCACCGCGCUGGCCGACUACGCCAUGCGCCUCAUGGAGCAGAUGAAACACAUCAACGAGCACUCGUUCAACAACUUCCAGAUGAAGAUCGGACUGAACAUGGGCCCUGUGGUGGCCGGGGUGAUCGGAGCCCGCAAGCCUCAGUACGACAUCUGGGGGAACACAGUCAACGUGUCCAGCCGCAUGGACAGCACCGGCGUCCCUGACCGCAUCCAGGUGACGACGGAUCUGUACCAGGUGCUGGCGGCUAAGGGCUACCAGCUGGAGUGCCGCGGGGUGGUCAAGGUGAAGGGCAAGGGCGAGAUGACCACGUACUUCCUCAACGGGGGCCCCGCGAGCCCCACGGGAUCCGCCAGCUAGCGGGGCCCAGGCCGCCCUGCCUCUGUGAGGGCACCAGGCUGCCGGGGUGUCAGGCUUGGCGGACUUUGAGCGGGACCGGGCCCUCCCCACCGCCGGCCCCCUGAUCCUCCGUGGCGGGGGCUCAGGCCGUGCCCGAGGGCUGGCUCGGCCCGCAGGAGGUAGAGAGGGGCAGAAAGAGGACUGCAAGACCAACUUUAUUUUUGUACCCGGGUCAGCUGCCCACCGUGCCGUCCCCCUCCCCGCUCCGGCCCCCUCCCCUGCUCCGCUGUGGGACUCUGGAGGGGCGGUGGCGGGGAGGUGCCCCUAAAGUGUCCCCCGCCCCCUCUCUGGUCUCUCCAAGAGCCUUUUGCUCUAGGCCCAAGGUGGUCAGCCGGGCCUUCCGCCUCUCUCUUUGGUCUGUGCCUCCCGUGGGUGGGAAAGAGGGCGUGGUGGGAUCUUCCCUGGUGCCCCCCACGACCUCCCAGGACUCUCCCCGACCCACCCGGGAACCCCAUUGCACCCACUGGGCCCAGACCAGGGCAGUGGUGAGCGCUGGAGUGCCUCUACCCCUGGGGUGGAGAGCGGCCCGGUGCCCACGCGCAGGGGCGAGGAGGAGCGGCUCGCCCCACGAUGCCAAAGAGAGAGAGGCUGGGGAUGGACGCCCCUCCGCCACCCCCUCACUCCCAGCCCAGUUUUCCCCUUGGCCCGUCGGACUGGCUGGGGUCGCCUGUCUCCCCGGCCCGACGGGAUCCGGCUCGGGAGGGUGGGCUGGUUCCGGAGGGGGCCGGCUCGGUGGAGGGCGAGGAGGGCAGGUGUGUGUGUGUGCGCACGCGCGUGUGUGUGUGUGUGUGUGUGUGUCCAUGCCUUUUUGUUACCUUGCACACCCUCUGCCCGCCAUUCCCGCUCUCCCAGCACUAGCACGAA